AGUGUUUUAUGGUGAGUCAAGUUCAUCAACCAAGGACGAGGACCCGAAAGUGAAACAAAACGUCCUGGGUGUUGUGCCUAGGACCUCAGUCCCUCCACGUACCGACCCAGUUGGAAUCUUUGGAGACCAUUGCGAUGUCCAACAUCGUCCAGUUGUAAUCAAAAGAAGUGUGACAUGUUUUUUUCUGAGAAAACUCAGGACAUACAUAUGGCUCGGUUAGUGUUUCAAAAAAAAAAGUGUUUCAACAAUAAAACAUAUGGCUCGGUUAGAAACCUAGCAAACCAAAUUAAAUGAACACUGAUUAUUUAAAAUAAAGGUUUACAAGAUUUUGACCCGCGCUUUGUAUGAACAGUUUAUAUAAAUUCGUAUUCAUGAUUUAUUUUAUCUAUUGUAUGAACACGGAAAAAUAUUUUAUAUGCAUAUUCAUAGUUUUUAAUUUCGUAUUUUAAUGUUUAGAUAAGGAAUAAUUAAUUAUAAAUGUUUCCAAUUUUAUUAUAGUUGUAAAUAUACCCGCGCUUAUAACUUGAGAAUUUUUACAUUCAGAUAUUUAUAUAUCAGAUUGAAGAAGCUUUUGAUAUCAUGUACAACAUCAAAUGGUAGAAAAAGUUAAUAUCCAUGUUUUUUUUGUCAAAUAUAUAUUUGGUUUUGAUGAUUCGAAGUUAUUUGUUAUUUGUUACAUGUGACAUAUGUUAAUUAAUUAGAUUAGGAAACCAUAUGUAGUAAUGUGGGUGAGAGACGUGGGCUCCACCACUUUAGUAUUAGGGGGGUUAUUGGAAUCAGAAUUUAGAAGGAGUUAAGUGAUUUUAAAAGUUGACAGAUUCUUAGAAGUUAAGUAGAGUUAACAAAUAUUCUCUAAAUUUCUAUCAAAUACUUUGAAUUGACUUUUGUAGAUUUUAUUGAUUUUUAUGGAUUUGCAUAAUAUAUUAUUUUCAAAAUGUUUCGUCUUAUAAGGCAAUGUAUAACAAUCUCUUCGGAAAAUUUCCAAAAACAAAAUCUCGAUGUAAACCAUAUACAUAUAAACAUCACGUAAUUGACACAAUGAUACCCAUAUCUUCUUCUCUUCUCCUUUUCCUUCUCCUUCUCGUGUCCACCUACAGGUAUCUACUUCUGACCAUUAUUUUAUAGCUCUUUUUAUAUUCAGUAGAAUAAAAUUAUUUUCCAGCCACCAUUGUUGACCAUUGUGUAUUAUUAUUCUACGUAUUGCUUUGUGUUUUGACUUCUUUUUGUGACUUUCGUCAUUUGAUUUUUGCUAGCUUGUGUUUUUGUCUUCAGUUUGAAAGUUUUUUAUUCAAUUGUUAAUUAUUUAUACUAACUAUAGUUAGUUCUUGAAUAAGAUUACAAUGGAAGAUAAGGAAAAAGGUAAAUAUAAUUCCUGGACUCAGGAUGAAACGAAAAUAUUGAUUGAAUUACUUGUGGAGGGAAUUAAACGUGGAUGGCGUGAUUCUAGUGGUAUAAUAAACAAGGCAACGGUAGAAAAUAAAAUACUACCAGUCCUCAAUGAAAGAGUUGGAUGCCAGAAACUCCACAAGCAUUAUCAAAGCAGGAUAAAGUUUUUGAAAAACCUAUACAAUAGCUAUGUUGAUCUUCAACGUAAUAGCUCUGGAUUUGGAUGGGAUUUUGAAACAAAAAGGUUUACAGCUUCUGAAGAAGUGUGGCAAGGAUAUUUGAAGGCACAUCCAAACCACCAGUAUAUGCGCUAUGACUCACAUGAACAGUUUGAAGAUUUGAAGAUAAUCUUUGAUGGUACAACUGCCAAUGGUGGCAAUUCACUUGGAUUAAGUGAUACUACUGAUGCUAGUACUUACCUUGUUGGUGAUUAUCAAGUGAAAGAAAAGUUUGGUGAAAGCAAUGAUGAUGUUACUGAUGUGGCUUUUGUUUCAAAACAAAAUCUGAAAGGUCAUAGAGAAAAACUGAUCCCAAGAAAGAGGUCUAGAACUGACGCAUGCUACAAUUCAGAGGAGCUGAAGAAUGAUGACAAUGAUUCCAUUGUUGCUGUGAGCAAUAAGAUCCUUAAUAUCAUACAACAAAGGGAAGAGAGACAACAAAAAGAAGCUGAAAAAAGAGAGGAGAAACUCAGAUUGGAAGCUGAGCAACAAGAAGCUGAAAAAAAGAAAAACAAUGUUUGGGAUGCCAUGAAAGAGAUCACUAAUUUGGACCAGCGUACCAAAUUUAAAGCUGUGACUCUUAUCUAUUCCCUGGGGCUGAAAGAUGUUUUUGCAGAAAUGUCGGUAGAAGAACGCUUUGGUUGGAUCCAAACCAAUCUUAGCUAGAACUGAUCAUUGCUUCAGCUACAAGUGAUCCUUGUUUUAAUUUUAUAUUUAUUUGUUUUUGAUGAUAUUUGAGACUUUUUUUGAAUUUGGUUGAUUAAUAAUAAUAUGGAUUUUGAUAAAUCAGUUCUCCCUGAUGUGGUUUUCUCGUUUCAGCAUAAUAGUUGUUUGUUUGAUUUAACAGCUUUUUGUUGUGUGAUGUCAUGAUUUAGAACUGCAUGUUUCACUUGUUUACAAAAGUCGUAAGUUCUUUACGUCUUUAUCUCUAAUCCAUUACUCUAAUAAUAUUAUUAUAUGUAUGUAGGUGUGUUGUCAUGGUAGUGAUCAUAGAAGAAGAAGCAAACAAUAUGGAAGAUGACGAAACAGAUUUGGAUAUCAUGCUAGUAAUGCUGGAUAACCUAGCAGGAGCCUCUACAACCCAUAUGAAUUGCAUUGAACGUCCUCUUUGUCGGCCAAUCACGAACAUUGGUUAUGAUUACAUUCAGAAAGCAUUGAAGGAAAAACCGGAACACUUUCGAUCUUUAUAUCGUAUGUAUCCAAGCUCAUUUCUCAAGCUGUGUGAUCUUAUUAGGGUGAAAACUUGUCUGCGAGAUACUCGCAAUAUAUGCGUCGAAGAGAUGGUGGCUACAUUUCUCUUAACUAUUGGCCAGAGUUCAAAAUAUUGUUACACAAUAGACACGUUCAAGAGAUCAGUAUUUGCCACUAGUGAGAACUUCCAUAAGGUUCUAAAAUCACUGAAUACUUUAGCGCCAGACCUGAUGGCGAAGCCUGAAGUGACAACAUGUGCAAAGAUAAGAGAGAGCACAAGGUUUUAUCCUUACUUCAAGGUACAUAGUUCUGAUUUUGUCUAAAGUAUUUUUAAUAAAAGUUUCUUUCAAUAUUUUUUUUAUUUGACAUCUGAAUUUUUUAUUAUUACAGGAUUGCAUCGGAGCAAUAGAUGGCACACAUAUAUUUGCAAUGGUGCCAAAAUCUGAUGUGCCAAGCUAUCGUAAUCGCAAAGGAUUUGUAUCACAAAAUGUUCUUGCGACUUGCAAUUUUGAUCUAGAAUUCAUGUAUGUUCUUAGUGGGUGGGAAGGUUCAGCUCAUGAUUCAAAAAUAUUAAGUGAUGCUCUAACAAGAAGCACUUGCAAACUAGAAGUUCCAGAAGGUAUGGGUGACAAAUUUUUUAGUUCAUAUUAUUAGAAUGUUCUAUGUAUAUACAACUUAUUUUGUAAUGUUUAAAUUCUGUAGGAAAAUUUUAUUUAGCAGAUUGUGGGUUUGCCAACCGUCAGAAGUUUUUAGCUCCAUUUAGAAGUACUCGGUAUCAUCUACAGGAUUUUACGGGCGAAGGUCGUGAUCCCAGUAACCAGAACGAGUUAUUCAACUUGCGGCAUGCGUCUUUAAAAAAUGUGAUCGAGAGAAUAUUUGGUAUCUUCAAAUCUUGGUUUCUGAUUUUUAAAUCUGCUCCUCCUUUCUCUUUUAAGACACAAGCGGAGUUAGUUUUGGCAUGUGCUGGAUUGCAUAACUUCUUACGUAAAGAGUGCCGAUCAGAUGCUUUUCUAGAAGAAGUGAUCAAUGAAAACCGUGAAGAAGAAGAAGAAUGUGGAGAAGUGGGCACUGAAGAAGUAGGUAUUCUUGAAUCUCAGCAACGAGAGUAUGCUAAUAACUGGAGAAAUAUGAUAGCUUCUAAUAUGUGGACCGAUGCAGUAGGAAAUGGAAGUCAACGGUGAUGGUGAGACUUUUAUAAUUUAUUUAUUGAUAUUAUGGUUUGGUGUGUUCACGUAGCCACAUAAAUUUUAUGGUACUUUGUGUUAUGUUUGGUGUGUUCAGGUUCUUAGUUUUCUUAUGAUAAUAAUCAGUCUUUGACUUUUGUGAUUUGUGAUUUUUUGGAAACACCAUUCUUGUUAUCAAUGUGAGUUUGGUUUCUUCACCAUUAUUGUGUUUAGUUGCAAUAUGUGCAUGUUUUUUUUUAUUUCACAGAUUUCAAAAAUCUUAUGAGAAUAGAUGAUAUUUUCAAAGUCUAGUUUUAUGAGUAAAAACAUAAGGAAUUCACCUCCCAAUAACAAUAGAAUUCAAUAGAAUGAUAAAAUCCAAAAUAACUAAACUUUAUGAAUAACAAAUGAUUUGAAUGGAAUUUAAAAGUUGUUAAACCAAUAACAAUAGAUUAUGAUAAGACUUUUUAAAUCUGUAAACCAAUAACGAUGGAUUCUCGAAAUUUUAUAAUUCCUUUAGAAUUCUUAAACCAAUAACCCCACCUUAGUCCUGUGAAAACUAAAACUGAUUUUACGGUUAUACAUACAAUAGUAUUGAUUUCCGCAAGGUAGAUAAAUUAACGACGGUUUGCAUAUUAAAAAAUGGGUCCAAUGGCAAAGUUGUAAUAUGUCAGGUAAU